AUGAAAGGUCAGCGUGUGUCAGACGGUGUGCGCAGAUGUUGGAGAUCUGCUGUCUGGAUCCUCACCGGCCUGCUGGCAUUAUUGUUUCUGAUCAGUGUCAUCACCAUUCUUCCCUCCGGAGAUAUCGAACUCAAACGAAGAUCAGUUUCCACCAAUACUACAAAUGCCUCGGUGACAACACAGUCUAACGUGCGGCUGAUGAACGGCAGAAACCAGUGUGAGGGCCGCGUGGAGGUGCUUCAUAACGGCACGUGGGGGACAGUGUGCGACGACGACUGGGACAUGGUGGACUCUAACGUGGUGUGCCGGCAGCUGGACUGCGGAGUGGCCGUGGCCGUGGGGAGCAGCUCCAAGUUCGGCCAGGGCUCCGGCCCAAUCCUGCUGGACAACGUGGACUGUAAAGGGGGAGAGAUGGACUUGAGUCAGUGUGGGAAUCAGGGAUGGGGCGUCCAUAACUGCUACCACUAUGAAGAUGUGGCCAUCACCUGUAGAGGCAAUAAUGUUGUCGAAUCUCGAGGCCUGGAGCCCACCACACCGCCCCGUCUCAUCACGGGUUUAAGAGAUGGUGCCAUACGUUUGGCUGGGACUUCGGACCGGUGCCAGGGCCGGGUGGAGAUCUACUACCAGGGCAGCUGGGGAACGGUGUGCGAUGAUGAUUGGAGCAUGGCAGACGCGGCAGUCGUGUGUCAGCAAAUCAGCUGCGGACAAGCUGUCGCCGCACCUACGAACGCCUACUUUGGCUACGGCACGGGACAGAUUCUGUUGGAUAACGUGAACUGUAAUGGGCAUGAGAGCACUCUGGCCACCUGUUACAGCCUCGGAUGGGGAGUGAAUAACUGCGGGCAUCAUGAGGACGCAGGUGUCAUCUGCUCAGGUUCAAGUUCCACCAUGGUCCCGGUUAUAAACACAGAGUCUUUAGGCAGAGAUUUCAUCAUUCCAGAAACCACACCAGUGACAGAAAUGCCAGUUCCAGUUACUGUGACAACAACCACUAUGUCCACUACAGCCUCAACAACGAAAGAAAAGCCAAACAUUCGUUUGGUGAACGGCAUUAACAACUGUCAGGGCCGAGUGGAAGUCCUCUACUUCACUGUCUGGGGAACCGUGUGUGAUGAUGACUGGGAUAUGGAUAACGCUCAGGUGGUCUGCAGACAGCUGGGAUGCGGGCCGGCUCUUGCAGCCAAGUCUCUGGCUUACUUCGGCUAUGGUUCAGGUCCCAUACUGCUGGAUAACGUUGACUGCAAUGGCAGUGAGCAAAAGCUGACCGACUGCUUUAAUCUGGGGUGGGGACAGCAUAACUGCGGCCAUUACGAAGACGCUGGAGUGAUCUGUGCACCACCUUUGGAAUUUGAGGUAAUGGGAAGAGACUUUGGCAUAGGGAUAACAGGGAGCAUUACAACUACGACUGCAACUACAACCACAACACCAGCGGAAGCUACCAUCAGGCUCGUGGGAGGCCUGCAUCGUUGCGAGGGCCGUGUGGAGAUGUACCUGAGAGGAGAAUGGGGUACCGUGUGUGAUGACGCUUGGGAUCUUACAGAUGGUAAGGUGGUGUGCAGGCAGAUGGGCUGCGGGCUGCCUAAAGCCGUCCAGGGACAGGCCCACUUUGGUCCCGGUCGUGGCGCAAUCCACCUGGACAACCUGAAAUGCACAGGCACAGAAGCUACUCUCAUUCAGUGCUCUCACAUAGGAUGGAAUGUCCACAACUGUGACCACUCAGAGGACGCCAGCGUCACAUGUUCACUCUAAUGACUCCGCCCACCUCAAGCCACGCCUGCCAGUAGACGCAGUGGGAGGGGACAGGAAUAGCAUUGACUCCAGGACUUGUAUAAAUUUUGUACAUAACACCUCACGCCAACCCUGAAGAAUAGAUUUUAAAGAUGAAAUAGUUAUUUGGGUGUGAAACAAGAAAAAAUAAGUUAUGCUAAUACUGUAAUAAAUAUUAUGAAUGAAGAUUCGAAUUAUGCACUUUAUAAACUAUACGAACGUGUACACAUAGGUGGAUAAAUAAGCUGAGGCUAUUGAUAUACAGUGGAAACCAAAGUUUUAGACUCUCCUCUCCUUAGGCAUUCUGAUGUAGACUGCAAGCAACAAAUUUAUUAUGCCAUACAAAAAUUGAUGUACUGUACUGCUGGUACUCGUUCUUAAAAUGGAUCUGUUUCCUCUAACUGAAUGCUAGAAGUAAACGUUUAAAUUUUUUCUGUUUUGAAGAUCGUUAUGUUGUAUAUCUUACAGUAAAGUUCAAAGUGGAUCUGAAUAUCUUUAGCAUCUUAUUGAAUGUCAAAACUGCAUUCGUUAUUCAAAAAUAUUUGUCUGAAUUGGUCUGCUCAGAAAAAAAAAUGUUCUCAGGUCCAUUUUGAUUGGGAAAAAUAAUAGUUUCAAUGCAAAAUUUUCUGUCUUUUUUUGUCUCUGUUCCAUCAUUUGUGAGUAGAUUAAAUUAAUGGGAUAAAAGGAAUAUUGCAUUUGUACUGAGGAAACUAAACCAUGUCAUUGGCCUAAUUGCAUAAUAGUAUAUUAGGUGGUUACUUUAUAAGCUAGGAAAGAAAUUUAGGCCAAAAAUGAUGUUAAGAUUUUUAUAUAUAAUAUAUAAUUAAAGAUUUGAUAUACCUAAAGUAACAAGAAAAGAAAACAAUGUUUGUGAUGUCAUUUUUUUUACUGUACAGACUUUCAUAAAAUAUUGGGGUGAAAUGUCAACGUUUUUGUCAAUAUACACGCAUGGGGAAAAAAAGGGCCCAGGAGUGUAUAUAUGGAAAUAAAGUAUGCUAUGAUUUGAUUAUAUAUUCUUAAAUUUUCACCUAUUAAGACAAAAUGGCACAUUAUUUAUUCUUCCAGCAGGUGCGCUACAUAAUAAAAGUUUCAUCAUCUGUGUCUUAUAUUUCACAUAUUACAAUGAAUAUGUGAUAGAUGUAUUUUACUAUUUAAUAUUAGUUAUAAUUGGAGUUUGGUUCUUUUGACAACAUGUUUUAUUUCCCCCAAUAGCCUUUCUGUAGCCAAGAAGAGGGUAUUUUUAAAAUUACUUUUAAAAAUAAACCAAGAAUGAAAAAUAUUUGCUCGUCGAUUUGCUCGUCGAAAUUUUCGGGUAUUUUGGAUUUUUUGAAAAACCUACUUUUGCUAACUAGUCCUAGGUUUUUGGCCCAAUCAGAACCAAACCAGUGCAGUGAGAUUCUCUGGAGUCUGAUUGUCAAUAAUUAUCAAAAAAAGUUGAAAUUUCAAUUCAAGGUCCCUAAGGGCCGCCAAAACGUUCGAAGUGUGUGGAGCCGCUUUUACUAAAAUGGCUGUAACACGUGAACAGAAUGAAAUAUUUGCACCAAACUCGGCACACAUGUGUAAGAGUGAAAAAGGACGUGGCGACUGGCCAUUUGGUGGCACUAUAACAGGAAAAGACAUGAAAACGGCUAUAACUACUUCACCGUCAGUCUGAUUGACUUGAAAAUUGGCAUGCAGUGUCUUUGUCCGAGGUGUCAUGAUUGUCUAUGAGGACAUUGAUGCAUCUCAAAAAACAUGGCCGCCAUCUGCCAAUGAAAUUUGAGCAGCCAUCAGAUUAAGGUUAACGGAGGCCGAUUAGAACGAAACUCGCUGGGCCUGUUUGACUCAUGGCUCUAGAGGCCUGUGAGAAAUUUGAAAGAAAUCAGCCACCAGGGGGCGCCUUCAUGUUUUUCGCGUGCGUAAAGGAUUGUGUAUCGCCGAUUUUUCGCACAUGCCCACAACAUUUGUACCACAUGGUAGAACCUCAUUCUGAGCAACUUUGUCUCUAGGACCGCCGCUGUCCAUCGACUCGUUUGUUAAAUAUUGGAAAUUACUUCAAAAACCAACUUUGGCGAACUAGUCCAAGGUAUCUGGCUCAACCUCAAUAAGCUUUAUAAACCAUAAAUUUCCUACAGUAAAUUGCCUGUAUUGGCUGUAAACGGUCUUUUCCAUCUAUGAUCGAGAUGGUUACAGGGUUGCUAAUUAAAACAUUAUACCUUUUUACGCAUGUGCUUAAAGGCCUUAAAGCGCUUGAACCCCGAUAAUUGCUGCUCGCAGCUAUUUUUUUUUACAAUUUCCAGUUUAUAUAUACACUGUCUAUAACGCAUGUCCUUUGUGCGUCACUGCCAUUUUACUAUGAAUAAAAUGAAAGUAUGGAUGUGCAUGAAUUAAUAAAUAUCUAUUUGCUUUAGAGGCUCCGUAAUAAACCGGAAAUUGUAACGUAUGAGAACAAAAUAUUUAAAAAUGAAAAUAGUUUCUCUUGCGCACGCGAAGGUCUGUAUAUAUUUUUUUUGCAAAAAUCAUAAUACUGACUAUGAUUUAGCUAUUUUUUUAAAACAUCAAAUGAAAAAAUAACAAAAACAUUAUUAUUAUUAUUCUGGGACUAAAAUAUAGGCCUAGUUA